CUAGCAAGUUGCUGCAACAAUAGAACAUUAUUUGGAGGGCAGGUGGCCAAAAUUGUGGACUUGCAACCCCACCUCUGUCCAAUGUCCUGUUGUUUAAAGCUCCCAUAACCUCUUGAAAAGCAUGCUUAAAUCCCUCCGACAGUCCAGCAAAACAACACGACUGAAGCCACGAACUUCUUUCGCACCUUCGCACCACAUCCAUCCUCAUCUCGGUCUUGGCACAAUCUGACAAUCCAAACUCGACCAUGCUGCCUCGUUAUCUGUUUCUCUGUGCACUGCUAUGUGCAGCAACAGCAGUCAGUGCCCAACCAGACAACUGCGGAGCUUCUUGGGAUAGCAGUGCCACCGAAAUCAAUGGAUGCAACGCCAAACUCGAAGAGGAUCAUCCUUGUUCUUUCCGAGACGAUGCUUCUACUUCAAUCGCUCCUGCUACCGAAGAAGAUCGACGCACGGUGGAUAUUCGAUAUUUUUCGUGCCAAAUUUUAUCACAAGGCGAAGAUGAAUGCACCCAGACCGAAACCUUUGUGGUGCAUGGCAACGCGAUUCUGCUCAUUGACGGAAUGCUGGUUCAGCGACAACCAGGCAGCAACAGCACAAGCGAUCAGAUUUGUUUUCUCUACGAUCACCAUGACGGCAAGUCCCCGACGGAAGACUGUCGCAUGGAGUGUCUGAGCAUUGAAGAGAAUCUUGGAACCGAAACGAUAAUCAACACCAACAGCGUGCAGGGGUUGCCCAACUAUGGAUCGGCCACCAGAAAUCGGCAUGUGAUCAUUACGACAACCGGAAUCAGAAGCGCAGCUUCUCGCAAUACCCAAGUUGUUUCCUGGCUCUUGGCUGCCAUCACCAUGGCAGUUGGCAUGCAGUGGCUCUAGCUAGGCUAGCUAGCAAUACGGUACGGUGAAUUUCGAUGAGGAUGCGGCCUAGGACAAUCGACAAUUCGACUUUUUGUCUUCUUUCAAAACCGGAAUUCUUGCCAGUCCUCAAGAUGGUUGUGUAUGGCAGAAACUUGCGAUCCAGUGUAUUUAGCUAGUAGAGUUCUUUGCAUCAACUUCCACAUCUUCUCAUCGGAAUGUGCGUAAUAGUAGAGGCAAUUGAUUUUUUG